CGUCGUUAGUCCGAGACACCACAGGAAAAGCUGGCGACGAGGUAUUUUCCAUCAGCAACCCACGAGGAUAGCAAGAACAGGGAACCGAAGAACAAGUAAGGAAUAUGGAAACCCUUUUACCGGCGUUCCCCAAGUUCGAUCCACACACAGACGCGUCGUCACUCGCACAGCGUUGGACUAAAUGGCACGCCCGUUUCGAAAACUUCCUUUUGGCCGCCAACGUCACAGAUCCCACUAGAAAGCGUGCUAUGCUGCUUCGUUAUGCCGGAGAGGAGGUGUACGACAUUUUUCAAACCCUCCCAGAUACGCAAUCGGACUACGACACAGCUGUCGCCCGUUUGAAAGCGCACUUCGCCCCUAAGAAAAAUACCGUGUACGAGAAACACGUAUUUCGCCAAGCAAAGCAAGAUACUGGAGAAACGCUGGACCAAUUUCAAGUCCGACUGAGAAAGCUUGCAGCGACAUGCGAAUUCGCGAAUACUGACAAAGAGUUGGUAUCCCAAAUAAUCGAGGGAACUGCGUCACACAGAUUACGCCGCGCCGCACUCCGUGAAACGGAUAUCACCCUAGACAAACUACUGGGAAUUGGCCGUAGCCUUGAGAUUGCAGAGCUACAGGCUUCCAACAUAGAAGGUCCUUCACAACAUCAGACAAUUCAAAAAGUGGCAGCGAAGAAGCCCUGGCGAGGAGGCGCCACUCGCAAGGAGAAUCGCUCCAACCACAGAAGCUCACAAAAAUGCUUCGGAUGCGGGGGAAGCUGGCCCCACAAGAAGGGAAAAGCGAGCUGCCCAGCGUGGGGAGCCACAUGUCAUAAGUGCCAAAAGAAGAACCACUUCGCCAACUGGUGCAAGAGCACUCCGAGGAACAAAGAAGAGGUUCGGUCUCUGGUUUCGUCAGCUGCCAUUUCGGCAAGAGAGACUCAACAGAACUGCAGUUCAGACGAGUCUGUGUUCCACAUACACAACCCAGCAACCAAGCUCCCGGUAGUUACAGUAAGCAUAAAUCAAACGCCGCUGGAGUUCUUUCUGGAUACUGGGGCCGGUGUCAACGUGGUCGGAGAGCGGACCUGGAGAAAACACCUUCAGACACCCCAGAAUGCAGCGACGACACGACUGGUACCUUACGGGGUUACUCAAGAAAUCCCUGUUAUGGGAGCAUUCACGGCUUCGUUCAGCUUCAAAGACAGCAACGUGGAGGCACCGGUAUACGUCGUGAGGGGACCACAGGCAUCACUGUUGAGCUACAGGACUGCCAUGGAGCUGAGACUCAUCAAUAUUGUGCAGACGAUAGCCCAGGAGACAUCUGUAAGCAUACGAAAGGAAUUUCCAAGGUUGUUUGGAGGUCUCGGUCGACUCAAGAACUUCCAAGUGAGCUUGGAAAUCUCGAAAGAAGUGAGACCAGUUGCUCGUCAGCAUCGCCGCAUUCCCUUCCGGAUGCGGAAGGCAUUGGAAGCUGAGUUGACCAGACUAGAGAACCUCGACAUUAUCGAGCGUGUAACCGGCCCAACCCCAUGGGUCUCUCCUAUUGUCGUGGUGCCCAAGCCACACACGGAAGGCGCCGUGAGGAUGUGCAUAGACAUGAGGGAAGCAAACGUGGCCAUUGCGAGAACACGGCAUGUCAUGCCGACUGUCGAGGACAUUCUCAGCAUUUUAAAUGGCGCAGCGUACUUCUCUAAGCUAGACCUCAACGAGGGUUACCACCAGCUGGAGCUGAGUGAAGAGUCCCGAGCUAUAACGACAUUCUCCACGCACUGCGGCCUGAGGAGAUACAAGAGACUGCUGUUCGGGGUGAAUGCUGCAGCUGAGAUCUUCCAAGAUGCCAUACGACAGAUCUUGCCAGACGAAGAUGGCAUCAUCAACGUGAGCGAUGACAUUUUGGUGUCAGGACGCACAGUCGAAGAACACUACCGGAGGUUACGUUUGGUGUUAAAGCAUCUCGAAGAGGCAGGGAUCACACUGAACGAGAAGAAAUGCGUCGUAGGUGUCCGAAGUGUGAAGUUCUACGGUCAUGUCUUUGCAGCCGGAGGGGUCAGGGUCGAUCCUGAGAAGGUAGAAGCAGUAGUGGAAAUGUCACCGCCUAGAGACGCAACAGAAGUUAGAAGUCUGUUAGGCAUGCUUACCUACUGCACUCGGUUCAUUCCACGCCUAGCAGAAAUGAUGGAGCCUCUGAGAGGCCUCACACACAACGAUGCUGAAUUCAUUUGGACGGAGCGGCAUCAGAAAGUCUUCGAGAGAGUAAAGCAAGAAAUGUCCCAAGUGCGCACAUUAGCGUAUUUCGACGACAGCAAGGAUACCUACAUAAUAACGGAUGCAGGGCCAGAUGGAGUAGCUGGAGUUUUGGCACAAGAGUCUAAAGACAAGGAAAAUCUCAGCAUCCUCGCGUACUACAGCAGAGCACUGACGUCAACAGAAAAACGGUAUCCCCAGAUUGACAAAGAGAUGUUGGCGAUCGUGUCGACAGCGGAACGUUUCCGUGCGUACUUGGCAGGAGCCAAGUUCACUAUAAGAACGGAUCAUCUGCCACUGGUGUCCAUUCUCAAGAACCCAAGCGCCAAGCUGUCAGCGAGAUUGGAGCGGCUGAGCCUUAGACUACAGCACUACCUUUUCGACGUUCAGCACAUCCCCGGAAAGGAAAAUCCUGCUGACUACUUAUCCAGGCACCCAGUACCAAAUCGAGAUGACGGGCCAGCUCGGGAAACCGUCGCAGUCGAAGAAUACGUCUCCUUCGUUCUGAGAGCAGCUACACCCAAGGCAUUAACGGUGCAAGAUGUGGAAAAAGCAUACAAAGAGGACCCGCAGAUAAGCCUACUUGUCAAGGCCGAAAGGCUGAAGCCCUUCCUCCAGAUUCGGGACGAGCUGACAGUGACCGAGGACAAUGUCGUCCUAAGAGGAACACGACUGGUGAUUCCAGAAAAUGUACAAGACCAGGCUAUUCACUUAGCGCACCAAGGGCACCAAGGCAUCGUGAAGACGAAACAGCUCAUCAGGGAAAAGAUUUGGUUCCCAGGAAUCGACAAGAAAGUAGAGGCAGCAAUCAGACAUUGCGAAGCGUGCCAAAGAACAGUUCAUGAGAAGAAGACAUCGCCGCUUGUGAUGACACCGCUCCCAGACGGACCGUGGCAAUCACUUGCUGCGGACUUUGCAGGGCCUCUGCCAGGCCAGAAGUACCUGCUGGUCGUCGUGGACGAAUACUCGCGGUUUCCAGUGGUUUCCACGCUCUCGUCUCUAAACGCGAAAACCGUCACGGCUAGACUGAGCGACAUAUUCGCUGUGCAUGGAAUGCCGUAUGAUUUGAAGACGGACAAUGGUCCCCCUUUCUUUGGGAAGGAAUUUGCUGAAUUUCUGCGCCUGAAUGGCAUACGACACCACCGCACAACACCCUUGUGGCCGCAAGCAAACGGCGAGGUGGAGAGAUUCAUACGGAACGUAAAGAAGACCGUCAAGGCUGCGUGUGUUGGAGGGAACGAUUGGAAGGAAGAGCUGAACGAGUACCUUCUAAAUUAUAGAGCAACUCCACACUCCACGACAUGUGUCACACCAUCCGAACUACUAUUCGGCAGGAAGAUCCGAGUGAAGCUUCCCCAGUUACGAGAAAAACACUCCAGACGAGAAGUUGAGUCCGUCGACCGACGACGGAAACAGAAGAUGAAGAGCUAUGCUGACGAAAAACGCAAGGCAGUAGCUCACAGCCUUCGACCAGGGGACACUGUACUUUUGAGGCGACCGUCACCGUUAGCUCACGAGUCUCCGUAUGAGCCACGGCCGUACAAGGUAACGAAGGUCCAGGGUACCGCAAUCACCGCGGAGCGUGAUGACAGAAGAAUUGUGAGGAACGCUUCGUUCUUCAAGCGCAUUCCGCCGUGCCCUUCACGAGAGUCCGAGGACUGGGACCUGGUCGAGGAUCUGGUGUGCACGCCGGACGACCCCCAUUUCCUAACCGGAGGACCUAACACGAACGAGGGCCCAAUCGUCGCCCGAGAUGCGACACAGACGGGGUCCACCAGCACACGGAGAUACCCAGCAAGGGAAAAUCGUGGCACUCUGCCGAGAAGACUUCAGGAUUUCAUACUGAACUAA